CGCUUUUAUUCUGAAGAGCGUCCCCGGAAGUGUGAUGGCCGCCCGUUGAGCUGACUCUUCCUGCUCUGCUUCUGUCAGUGAAGCUGAAGCCGAACAAAGUGUCCGAACCGAGUGUGACCAUGAGCGAGGAACAUUACCUGGAGCUGUGUGAGAACCCGGUCCAGUUCGAGAAUGCGUCCAGCGUCAACAACGUGUUCUUCGACGAGGCGAACAAGCAGGUGUUCGCGGUGCGUUCAGGUGGAGCCACAGGGGUGGUGGUCAAAGGCCCCGACGACAAGAGCAGUGUUGCCUUCAGAAUGGAGGAUAAAGGAGAAGUGAAGUGUAUAAAGUUCUCAAUUGGAAAUAAGAUCCUGGCAGUUCAGAGAACUUCAAAGUCUGUGGAUUUGAUCAACUUCAUCCCCGACUAUCCUCACACAGAGUUCACCCAGGAAUGCAAAACGAAGAACGCAAAUGUUUUGGGUUUCUGUUGGACAAACUGGAACGAGAUCGUCUUCAUCACCGAUCAGGGGAUCGAGUUCUACCAGGUGUUUCCAGACAAGCGCAGCCUGAAGCUGCUGAAGAGUCAGAGCAUCAAUGUGAACUGGUACCAGUACUGUCCCGAGACGUCCGUCAUCCUGCUGUCCACCACCGUGCAGGGGAACAUCCUGCAGCCCUUCGCCUUCAGGAAUGGGACCAUGUCCAAGAUGUCCAAGUUUGAGAUCGAGCUGCCGGUCGUCCCCAAACCCGCCAAGCUCAGUCUGUCGGAGAGAGACAUCGCCAUGGCAACCAUUUACGGUCAGCUGUUUGUGAUGUACCUGAAGCACCACUCGAGGACCGCCAACAGCCCCAGUGCAGAGGUGGUGCUGUACCACUUACCAAGGGAGGGUGCGUGUAAGAAGACUCACGUGUUGAAGCUGAACACGACGGGGAAGUUUGCUCUGAACAUCGUGGACAACCUGGUGGUGGUUCAUCACCAGAGCACUCAGACGUCUCUGAUCUUCGACAUCAAGCUGAAGGAACCGGACUGCGCCGUCAACACACACCAGCCGGUCCUCCCUGCCCGGUCCAUACACCCCUACAGGAUACCACUGUCAGGUCCAGCAGUGGUUCCCUCUCAGCCUCCACCUCCCUGUCAGCUCUACUCUUCAUCCUGGAGCGUCUUCCAGCCCGACAUCAUCAUCAGCGCCAGUGAAGGUUAUUUGUGGUACUUGCAGGUGAAGUUGCCUCCAACUGUCAACCUGCUGCAGGACAAAGGCAAACUGAUGGACUUCCUGUUACGACGGAGAGAUUGCAAGAUGGUCAUCCUGUCCGUCUGCUCACAGAUCCUGGAGGGCGGAGAGAAGGGGAGUCUUCCUGUUGUGGCCACUGUGUUCGACAAACUCAACCAGGUGUAUAAAGAAUACCUGGAGGCCGAGCAGAGCUACACUGUGGCGAUGGAGUCCGGUCCGAGUCGAGGCAGCGCGGCUCAGAAGCGUCCGGUCAGAACUCAGGCGGUCAUCGACCAAUCAGACAUGUACACACACGUCCUGUCGUCGUUCACAGAGAGGAAGGGCGUCUCUCAUAAAUUCGUCAUUGCGGUUCUGAUGGAGUACAUCCGCUCUCUGAACCAGUUCCAGAUCACCGUGCAGCAUUACCUGUACGAGCUGGUGAUUAAGACGUUGGUGCAGCACAACCUCUUCUACAUGCUGCACCAGUUCCUGCAGUAUCACGUCCUCAGCGACUCCAAACCGCUGGCCUGUUUGCUUCUGUCUCUGGAGAGUACGUACCCUCCUGCCCACCAGCUGUCACUGGACAUGCUGAAGCGUUUGUCCACAGCCAACGAUGAGAUCGUGGAGGUUCUGCUGUCGAAGCAGCAGGUUCUGGGCGCGCUCAGAUUCAUCCGCAGUGUCGGUGGCCACGACAACGUGUCGGCCAGGAAGUUCCUGGACGCGGCGCAGCAGACCGGAGACCAGAUGUUGUUCUACACCGUGUUCAGGUCGUUCCAGCAGAGAAACCAGCGGCUGAGAGGAAGUCCCAGCUUCAACCCCGGAGAGCACUGUGAGGAGCAUGUCGUCCACUUCAAGCAGCUGUUCGGAGAUCAGGCUCUGAUGAAACCGUCCACCGUGUGAACCACCGGGUCCAAAACACACACCGUGUGACGGUGCUGGUCGGACAGAGUCUCCGUCAGUUUGGACACGCUGGACGUUCAGGAGACGAUCUGACGAACUAACACAGGGAUCAGAUGGUGACAGUUUAAACGGACACUCGUCUUUAUUAUUCCUGUUUGUUCUGCCUGCUGGUUUCUGCUCCACUGUCACAUGUCAGCACCUGAUCCAGGUCUCUGCAGGCUGGUAUCCUUGACGUGGGCGGGGCCAGAGGCUGGACAGAUGUUGGGAUGCCUGUCAGAAUAUUUUGUACAUACGACAUGAGUGAAGUUAACAGUGAAACUAAUGUUUAUUUUGGAAAGAGUUCAUGAUUGUGUACUAAACUUAGUAACAGCAGAAAUAUGUUGAAACUAAAGAUUAAAGUAUCGUGUGUGUUUAAACGUCCUUCUGUACAGAUAAUAAAACAUCAAACUACA